UUUUUCUGUUGUGUUUCUGUUACAUACUCAUCGCCAUCUUGUUGCAAACCCUUUUCUUGUCUGGAAGAUUCGCAGGGGAUCGGGGUGGGGGGUGGUUCGAUUCGGCAUUUUUACUGGGGAGAAGGCAAGGAGAAGGAAACCCCCGGUUUUGUUUUUGUUUUUUUUAAAGUCUCCAGGAUUUUGGAUCCUCCAGUGAAAGGCAACCCAAGCGAUGAGCAUUGAGACACUUUUGGAAGCGGCCAGAUUUCUGGAAUGGCAAGCCCAGCAACAACAGAAAACACGUGAAGAAAAUGAAAAGCACGAAAAGCUCCGCCUAGAAAGAGAACAGGAGCAGAAGAAGGCCAGCGUACAAAAGGUUAACAAUGCCUUUCACCCGGAAGAGCCAAGGAAUGAAAUCCCAGCAGUGCCCGUCUCUCCCCCUGCACCAGCUCCUCCUCCUCCUCUGCCACCACCCCUAGCACCCCCCAUAUCAGUCAUUCCCAUCCCCGUGGUCACUAGCUCACCUCAGCACGCAGCCCAAACCACUCCGCUCAUACAACAUCACCAGCCUCUCAUAAGCACUGCCAGCAUCAGCAAAGAAGUGUCAUCUAUUGCACCUGUUAUACAGAGACCAUCCGGCCCACUUCUUCCAGACGUCAAGGCUGCUACGCCCUCUUCAGGUAGCCCCAAGCAGUUACCGCAGUAUGCAGCUCCAGUACUGGCCAUCUCUCAGCAUCAUGUGGUUCAGCAGCCAGUACAGCCCCAGCCUCAACCACAUCAACCUCUGCAGCAGCACCAGGCACCGCCUCAGCAGCUCAAUGCUCUUAAGCUGGCCCCGGCAGAAGAUGCCAAACCAAAUGAGCAGAAGAAGAGACCUGGAGGGGUUGGGACCAGGGAAGUACAUAAUAAAUUGGAGAAGAACAGACGUGCACAUUUGAAAGAAUGCUUUGAGACGUUAAAACGCAACAUCCCCAAUGUAGAUGACAAGAAGACCUCAAACCUCAGCGUUCUAAGGAGUGCCUUGCGAUACAUCCAGACUUUAAAGAGAAAGGAGAAGGAAUAUGAACAUGAGAUGGAGCGGCUGGCAAGGGAGAAGAUCGCUACCCAGCAGCGACUGGCCGAACUGAAGAAUGAGUUGAGCCAGUGGAUGGACAUCCUGGAAAUUGACAGGAUUAUUCGACAGACAGUUCAGCCAGAGGAUGACCAGGCAUCUACCUCGACUGCAUCAGAGGGCGAAGACAACAUUGACGAAGACAUGGAAGACGACAGGCCCGUGAACUCAUUACCAAAACUAAUCCAGCGCCAGCACCCCGAGCUACUGAAAGCUGUCCCUCCGAAUGCUGCUUCCCACCACCCGGCAGUCUUGCCUCAGCACCUGCCUCUGCAUCAGAAACAAACCCCACCCCACGCACCACCGCCCCUCCAGACCCAGGCACUGGUCCAGCCGCAGGCGAUCGUCCCCGCACAGACUCACAUCGUGGCGGCUUCGACGGUGCAAUCGACUGUUAUCGCGCAUACCGCCACCACCCACGCGUCGGUCAUCCAGACUGUCAACCACGUGAUUCAGGGUCCGCAGACCAAGCACAUCGCUCACAUAGCACCUUCCACGUCCAGCCCCGUGCAACUCACCACUGCUGCUCAGCCUAUUGGCCACAUCACUGUGCACCCGGCAACCAUAAAUCACAUGACCCACCUUGGCCAGCAGUUACCCAUUUAUCCUCAGCCUGUGGCCGUCAGCCAACCGGUUGUGAGCCACAUCGCUCACACGAUUUCUCACCAGCAAGUGAAUGGAACCACAAACCUAGGCCAGCAAGCGGUGAUGACCAAACCUGCUGUAGGAACCCAAGUUGUCCACCAUCAACAGUUAGUGGGGCAAACAGUGCUAAACCCGGUAACUAUGGUCACCAUGCCAUCAUUCCCUGUGAGCACGCUGAAACUGGCCUAGUGUGGAAGCUCGCUGGCAAAAUCUUUGGCAGGCCACCUUUCCUGAAACUCCAUACAUUCCAACUAUGUCCGAUUCCAAGGGAGAAAAGUGCAGGAACUCUGUGAACAGGAGAAGAGUGACACACCUAAGGUUGGGACUGCCAAGUCCAUCCUUAAUCUUUUAGUAACCAACCUGGAAGUGGUAAUGAGAAACGGGGGCUUCUCUGCACUUGAAUUUCGCUAAUCAGAGAAAACUUUAAUGACAGUUGUUCAUAGUGAUUUUUUUUCCUUUUACGUGUAAUCAGUGAAAUAUGAAUAUGAUGUUCUUAAGACUUUAAUUUUUCCCUUUCAUGUGUUGCUUCUUUGUAGAAUAAAAAAGGCUAAUCUCUUUAUUGAGACAUUGCGUAGAAUGGGAAAAAAAAUCAUAGAAGUCUAUAUUUAUAUGUAUAUGUAUCUGCCCAAAGCUACAUAUAUAUAAAUAAAUAUAACAGCGGAGAAGGCCUUUGGCAAGGUUGAUUGUUUGCAGGCUUAUUAGACAACUUAAAUGUUAAUUUUUGAAGGAAGAAAGCAGAGUGUCCUCUUUUAAAAAAAGAAACUUUAAAGACAGAUGGUUUAGUGGACCAGGUACAAAUAUUUGAUGACAAAUUUAAAAAAAAAACGUUAAAGGUUUUUCCCUUCAGUAUAUUACAUUUCAGUAACCAUCUGAAAUCACUGUGACUUGUUAUGGCAUUUAAAGGAAAUUCUCUGUCCUGUUUAAUAAAAGGAAAACAAAUACACAACUGGACUUCAUUUGUUGGAAUUUCAUAAAUGACUCCAUUUUUACAGCUUUAUCAAAAGAAAAUGUCAUCUUUGUUGUUUUCAUGGUUUAAAAAUACGUUUUGUGUUGGGGUUGGUUUUUUUUUUUCUAACGCAAUAAUUGAUUUCACAGAACUCUCUGUGCACGGCUCUACCUAUUUCAGGAUUCCUCACCCCAGUCCCAUUCCCUAAAACGAUUUUGACAGAGGCAGUUAUUUAGAACUAGUGGCUUUGCAAUAUAUUUCGCCAGUUGGGUGGAAUGGAACCUGGGACGAGAAAGCCGCCAAAAAUGAGGUUGGUUUGUGGUGGUUUUUUGCCUGAACGUGACCACGUUUUAGUGCAAGAUAAUGAACAGAUUAGAAAAUGGAUAAAUAUGCAUGUGAAAUGAUCCAAGGGGCAAGAGCUUUUAAAAAAAUCAAAUGAAAUGGAAUUUAAUUUUGUAUAGGAUAACAGUAUAUUCCAGUACAUCAGUAUAUAGAACCUGACAGUGUGUCUUACAAAACACAGUGAAAUCUGACUAAAGAGCAACCCCCUUCUUAUCUGAAGAGACUACUUUAAAGCAUCCCAAGGUUUUUGGUACAAUUUUGUUCCAUCUUCCAUGGUGGUCGAACAAGAUCCCACUGAAGUCAGUGGCAAAAUUCCUAUUGACUUCAAUGAGACCUGUAGAUUUUCUACAGAUACUUGCCAUUCUCUUCAGUGAUUGCUUAAGACAUGUUUGUUUAUCCGUUGUUUGAAUCUUCUGUUCCUUGUCCCACUUCCCAUGUCAUACUAUUGCUAAUGUUCUCCUUUUUCUUCUUUUUGAGCUGUAAUCCUGAUGCAGGCAAAACUCCCACUGCAGCGAGGGGAAGUUUUGCACGUGUCAGGACCAGGGGAUAGUGGUCCCUAUGCAAACAUCUGUCCUUUCGUAUCAUGUUACUGUCUGGAAAUGGCUAGCCGUGAGAGUAAAGGUGCAAUUAACUCAGCCUCCUUUGGAAGUGACACCAACCCAGAUUAGCAUGUCAGGUGUGUGUUGACUAGUCAAGUGAUCAGGUACCUUCACCACCCUAGCCACUUUAGUGUGCAAAUUUGUUUCUAAGUUGAGAUCUUUCCUAGGGAAUGGAUCCUUUUGACCGUAUUUGUCCAAAACUCCCAUUCACUUCAAUGGGAUUUUCACCACAGUAAGAACUGUAGGAUUUGACUCUCUGGCAUCAUCAGAGUCAGAUAGUUACUAUAGGGUUGUUUAAAUUUAAUUUGAAAAUCUACCCCUGCCCCACACUACAGUUGGAACUGUUAGAAGGAGUGGUUGCUGCUAGCAGAGAUCUAACACAGUUUCCCUUGCCCGUGUAGACAAGGAUAUUUCUCCUAAGAAUUGUAAUAGGCCUGUUUUUAUAAAACCUUGCAUGAAGUGAGGAGCACAGUUGUCAGGGUUCACAAGCCUGUGUUGCUAGCAUGCUGUCAGUUACAGAGUAGUCAGAUCUUAAAGUGAAUUAGGCCCUAUCCCCAAACCACCUUUAUACAAAUUGAUUCCUAGUCACUACUAAUGUCCUGUUAACAUUGUGGAGGUAACAGAAUUGCUACAGGGUUACGUGCUCCUUUGCUCAUUCAGAUGCUUUCUCAGUAAGGUUGUAUUUCUUUUGUAAGUUGGACCUCAGCGGAUAUCUAGAGUUAGCCAGCAGGACAGUGACUUUUCAUCAGAGAGCCUCAAAAGCAUGGAAUUUUUGUGGCAGGGUUGCCUGCCUGUUCAGGAAUAACUGUGUGGCUUUGUCUCUUGAACCUGUUGAGAGGGAAAGGGAGAAUAGAGCUCCCACCUGCCCUUUGCACAGGUCCAAUUGGUGGAGCUCUAAAGGAAAGCAAAAGCAAAACAAGGAAGUCCCAAUUCUUGCCGACCAAGGCUACGUUUCUCAAAAGACUCUGAUCCAGGGGCUAGAGCUCAUCUGCAUAUGGUUACUGCGAUGACACAUACAAAUUGGUGGCUAGUGAGUCCUUUGAGCAGGGUUGAGGGCACCCAGGACCCCACAGGAUUAGACCUACAAUUAUCCAUAUUUGCAGGAAAUUACAGUAAUUGCAUGUGCAACUUUGGAUGCUCUUGCACACACAUUUUUGCAUGUGGAUCUGCUUUCUCGAUGUUGGAAAAUAUGGCCCAGGAGGGGCAUCUGAGAGCCUUUCGUAAAACACCUUGGAUAACUAACAGUGAAAUAGUCAGAGUUAUUCCUAAAAACACCAACCCUCCAACGCAAAGUUUUCUCUAGUGAAAAGUGUUUGAGGAGAAAAGGAAGUGCUGCUUUCAUUUUACACAGGGGAGUCCAUUUUCUUGUGGGUUCUUUAAUGGCUUUUAUUGCAUGGACAUCACCUUGCUGGCCUUCGAAUCUUCUCCUCCUCCUGUCUGUAGAUUAAAUGUUGUGGUGACCGUAGGUGUGAUGAUGGGUAGCACCCCUGUUUCACUUCCUGUCAUUUAGUUCUGCCGGACGUCCCCUUCAAUGAUGUUAACUAGCCUCAUUACAAGUAAGGCUCCUCCCAUCUGGCCAGCCCUGAGCCAGUCAACUAGUCUGGGGCUGUGUCAACGUUCGCACAUUGUCGGCAAAACUUUUAUUGGUCAAGGGUGUGAAAAAAACACCCCAGCCGACAUAAGUUUCACUGACAAAAGCGCUGGUGUGGACAGUGGGUACAACUGUGCUGUUGUAAGAUCUGUAGCAUAGACCUAACCUGGACAUCCUGGACCAACCCUGUAGUCAUUCAUGUUCUCCAUGACAGUCCGAAAUAUCUUCUUUGUUGAGUUUUGUUUUAUUUUUUCCAAAUCAACGAUUUUCUUUCUGUCCUAGGGUGGGAAUUCCAACCCCAACUCCUCUGCCAUCAACUCUGCCAUUCUCAUUGAUAAACUUUAGAGUUACUCAAAUGCUUCUUAGAAAUCAAGUUCAGUACUGUAUCACAAGGGGCACUUUAGAAAUGUCUCUCCUCCUCUGAGAUGUGUGUUUUCCCUAUGGAGAAAGCUAUAUAUAAAUAAAUAUAUAUCUAUAUAUCUAUAUCUGUACACUUUGGGCAUCAGAAGAUCAGUAUGUCCCAUAAUAAACAAACAAAUAAAUAUGAAGUUUACAAGAAAUCUCUUCUGUUGUUGAAUAAUAUUAGUUACUGGUAAUCCUACCACAGAGAAGGCAGUAAAAAUGGGUUUCCUAGGCAGACAGCUGCUGUCAUUUAAGUCCUGAUUCAAAGCUCAUGGAAGUCAAGGGAAAGAUUUUCAUUAACUUCAGUGGUCUUUGGAUAAAGCCCUUGAACUGCAGUGUUUCCUAACGCAGUCUUUAUACAAGUCCUGGUGCAUGUAUAACAUUAUGUGCCAUGUGGGAUGCACUCCAAGAUAGCGUACUGAGAACAAGCAAUCAGAGGGUCAGUCCGUUUCAGUCUCUUGUUUCAAGCUAAUUUCUAAAACUAACCUGCUGUAUCAGUUACAUCUAAAUGCCAUCCAGCAGGAAUAAAAACAAACUAGCUUUAAAAAAAUCACUUGCUAAAAAAAACAACAAAAACACCUUGCUGCUGACACAUUAAAUAUGGGGUAUGAUCCUCACCUCACAUAGAUGUAAAUCCAGAGUGGAGCUCAGCCAGUCUGAGAUUAGAAUCUGGUCCCAUUUUCCAGCCUUGUGCACUUUGUGUAAUCCCUUAUACUUGUGCCAAGUGGGUGUAAAAUGUUCCCAUUCUGGUUUGGGAGUGGUGUACACCAACUCUGCAUUAACAUUGCGCAGGGCUGAAUGAUGACACACAGAGCAAAACAGAGAAUCAAGCCCACCGGUGCCUGAUUCAUGAUAGC